AUGGUAGCAGCUUCGGAUUCCUUCCAUAGUGCAGAUGAUGACGGCUCUCGUCAUCGUUUCGGGGCAAACCCCAAGAACAGAGGGGCCCCCAAGCACCAGAGGGGACCCAAGAACAAAGGGGGGGCCGGAAGGAGAGACGGGGGCCCCUUUCCUUUGAAACUGCGGCAGCGGGAGAAGCAGGAGAUUGCAGAGCUGCACCAGCGAAUCCUGCUUGAGAUGCCACCUCCCGGGGGCAAGUGGCUCCCACCUUCCCUGGCAGCAAUCCAGCAGCAGCAGCAACAACAGCCGGAAGAGUCAGAUGGAGCCAACCAUGACAGCAACAACAACAACAGCAUCAACCGCAGCAGAAGUAAGGGUAGGGGUGGGAUUCUGACGGAGAUGUUGUUCUCGGAUUUGCCCUUGUCGGGAUUGACUCAAAAGGGUCUAUCUGCAUGCGGCUUUACGCAGCUAACACAAGUACAAGCAGCAGUCAUCCCGCAUGCACUUGCAGGCAGAGAUGUGAAGGCACAGGCUAAGACAGGCAGCGGGAAAACGCUUGCCUUCGUUAUCCCGAUACUGGAGAAGUUGUUUCAGGAAGAGAUAAGUGGCAUGGAUGGGACUGUUGCAAUUGUCUUAGCCCCUACACGAGAACUCGCAGUUCAAAUCUUUGAUGUCUUCAGAGGCGUCGGACAGUAUCACGAGAUGUCCAUUGGUUGCCUUAUAGGGGGCAAAGACUUGCAAGCAGAAGCAGAAAGAGUCGGGCAGCUAAACAUCGUCGUUGCCUCUCCAGGCCGUCUGCUGCAGCACAUUGAUGAAUCCCCCAUGUGGGACACCAGCAAACUGAUGAUAUUAGGCAAGUUUCCGCCUCAUAUUGCUGCUGCUGUUGCUGUUGGUGGUGCUAUCGACGAGGCAGACCGUUUGUUAGAUUUAGGCUUUCUCGAUGCAAUCAAGUCCAUUGUAUCAUCUUUUCCUUCUUCCAGACAAACCCUUGUCUUCUCUGCUACCCUGAACAGCGCAGUGCACCGGCUGGGGCUGCUGCUGUGCAGCAGCAACCCCGAAGCCAUCUGCACAGACAACUCGCAACAGCAGCAGCAACUCCUGCUGAAACAAACCUACAUGGUCCUGCAAGCAAAACACAAAACAUCUGCCCUCUUCUCUAUCCUUAGAGCGCAGUGCAAGAAGAAAAUCUUGGUGUUUGUCUCUUCAUGCAAACAAACCAAGUUUAUACACGACGCCUUUAAACUCUUGAAGCCUGGCCUGUCUUUGCUGUACCUGCACGGGCGGCAGAAGCAGCAGAAGCGCCUUGAGGUGUUCCAAGAUUUCGUGUCCCGCACUACUCCCUGUUGUCUCAUCAGCACAGACUUGGCGGCUCGUGGCAUUGACUUUGUGGUGCAACAGCAGAGGCCCCGGGGGCGCACGGGAUCGGGAUCGGGAUCACAAUCCGUAUCAGGGGAAGGCGAAGGGUCUUCUGCUGUGGACCUCGUGGUGCAGUUUGACUGUCCAGACAGCGUAGAGACUCAUAUACACCGCGUGGGGAGAACGGCGCGGCUGACGCGCAAGGGCCAGGCGGUGCUGCUGCUGCUGCCUUCUGAAGUCUCCUUUGUUGAAGACCUGCAGGCGAGAGGGAUGGUCCUCCAAAGAACAAACAUAAACCCCAAACGAGCGAUUCGGAUAGAAAGCAAACUUCAGGCUCUCCUCGCAGCAGAUGCCUCGCUGAAGGCUUUGGCCCAGAAAGCGGUUGCCUCUUAUUUGCGGUGUCUUUCUGUCAUGGCGAACAAGAAAGUAUUCAACCUCCAAGCGCUUGAUCUGGAGCAACUCGCUCUCUGCUACGGCCUCUCCAUUGCACCCUCCAUUGAGCACUUGACAGACCAGCAGAAGCAGCAACAGCAGCAAGGGGAUGAAAGUUCCCCCGCCUUCAGCGGGGGGGCCGUUGCUAGCGGAGAACACAAAAAAAAGAAUAUGUCGAAAUUGGCGAGACUUAAGGAGCAGAUCCGUGCAAAAAAGCUAAUGAAGCAGCAGCAACGAGAACAGCAGCAGCAACAACAACAGGAACAGCAAGAGCAGGAAACGCAGCCAGGGGAGGAGCGGGGGGCCAUGACGAGCACGAAAAAAGGAAAGGAUAAACAGAAACAGCCAUGCAGCACAAUCAGCAUGGGAGACAACGAGGGAGAGGACUUCUUGGAGUUGAAGCAGCAGGACACCGAUCUGCCUGAAGAUUCUGCCAAGCUUAAAAAUCAAAGGCUGCAGGAACUACUGCUGACAAAACCCGCUUACCGGCGCGAGAGGCUGCAGUUCAGGGCAGACGGCACUGCAAAAGUGAAAGGUCUUGCAGCGGCCUCCUCGAAUUCCCACAUCAUUUUUAGUGAGGAGGAGGAGGAGACAGACAAAGAGGUUACACCAUCACACGGCCUCCCCACACCCAGCAGCAGCAGCGGGAAGGUGACACAAGAGCUGCGAGAGGCGUUUCUUCAGCAAAUGCGGUCCAAGAUGGAAUCUGUACAGCUCAGCGACAAGGCUCGAGACCGAGAAAGAGUUAAAGACCGGCAUUUGAAGAAAAGGAGAAAAGAGAGGAAGGCCAGACAAGGAGAGGCAGCGGCCGGUGGCGUUACUUUGCUGGACGCCGAUAGCGGCAGCGGCAGUAGCGACGAGGGGGCGCUGUCGGACAACCGCUUGGGCCUAGAAGGAGACUUAGAGGAGGAAAUUGAAGAGAAAAAAAGUACAGAAAAACCAAAAAAGAAACAGAAAACGGAGGAGUUAUCCUUAACAGAGCUUGAAAAACUUGCUCUUGAGGGGGCGUCGCUUUGA